AGGAAGUAUCGCAUCCAAAGUUUGCCGACUAAAAAUCCUCCUCAUGACAGUCUCUUCUUGAGGGUCUCAUUCACCAGUCACACCUGCGUUGAGACGGAGCGUUAUCAUGGCUGGCAGAAGAGUCGUGGUCUUCCCCUCUUCAGCGGAGCUCGGUCCAGCUUUGGCCCAUCUGGUGACAUCUCGGGCUGAGAAAGCUAUCGCCUCCCGUGGCAGGUUCACUGUGGGUCUCUCUGGAGGAAGCCUGGUGUCCAUGCUCAGCAAAGAGCUGCUGGCCAUGUCGGACCUGGACUGCAGCAAGUGGGUGGCUGGUUUCUGUGAUGAGAGAGUGGUUUCCUUUGAUGAUCCUGACAGCACUUAUGGGCUGUACAAGAAUCAGUUUUUUUCUAAGGUCAACAUCCCUGACAGUGGGAUUUUAGUCAUCGACCCCUCACUGCCGGUGAACGACUGUGCAGAGGAUUAUACCUGCAAACUGAAGAAGACCUUCCCAGAUGAUGAGUUCCCCGUGUUUGAUUUGUUACUGCUGGGUAUGGGUCCUGAUGGACACACCUGUUCCCUCUUCCCGGACCACCCUCUGCUAGAGGAAACUAAGAAGAUUGUUGCUCCCAUAAGCGACUCUCCCAAGCCACCGCCACAGCGUGUAACCAUGACUUUUCCCGUGGUGAACUCUGCACGCUGUGUGGCUUUUGUGUCAACUGGGGGAAGCAAAGCAACAGUUUUGAAGGAGGUGCUGGAGGGUAGAGAAGGUCCAGCAUUCCCAGCAGCCCGUGUUGUCCCGACUAACGGCGAGCUGUUCUGGCUUGUUGAUGACCCUGCAGCUGCCUCUUUAACUAUCCAGGUGGAGAGACCGAGCUCAGGGGCCAAACUGUAGAGUUUUUUAUCUACUGAAUAAAGGCAGGAGUGCAAGUGAAUGAAGAGACUUGGAAAAUAACACACUGUACAUUCCUACUUUCAACUGAGAUGUUUAUGUCGGUGAUGGAGUUAGAUUUGGUGUAAACAUAAAAACAUGUAGGAGGAUUUUCCAGAUAUUGGAGCUUGGUGUGUGUAGGUCUAGCUGUAUCCAAGGGAGGUUUAAUAAAAGACUGUGAUGUAAUUUAGAUGUUCACAAAACAUAAAAGUAAGGAUUUUUAGCUUUUUGGUUGAAACCCUUCCACACCCUCAACACUGGAAAUCAUUUAGAAAUUGGCUGCUGUUCAUUAACCAUCCAUAGCACUUAUUUUGAUUAUGAAGUGAAAAAUAAAAUGUUAAUUGAAA